CGGAGCGGAGGGGCGCGGAGCGGGGGCGGCGGAGGGGCGCGCAGCGAGCGCUAUGCCUUUAACGGCGCGCGGGGCAGGCAUGCCGAGCGCGUAGUGCGGGAAAGUCGAGGCGGGGUUAAAGUUCAGCUCAUGGAGCGGCUCCGCGCUGGCUGCAGUUUGGCAGAGUUGGAAAUGUGAAAGCAAGAAGCAGGCUCGGGGCUCCCCCUCCUCUCCUCUCUCUCUCUCUUUUUUCCCCUCCUCUCUCUCCCUCUCCCUCUGUCUCUCUCCCCCUCUCUCUCUCCCUCUCUCCCCGCACACGCACACCUCCAAACCGCAGCCCCCCGCAGCAGUCAUGUAUUCUCCGCUCUGUCUCACCCAGGAUGAAUUUCAUCCCUUCAUCGAAGCACUUCUGCCUCACGUCCGAGCGUUUGCGUACACGUGGUUCAACCUGCAAGCCCGAAAAAGAAAAUACUUCAAAAAACAUGAAAAACGCAUGUCAAAAGAGGAAGAGAGAGCCGUGAAGGACGAACUGCUAAGUGAAAAACCCGAGGUAAAGCAAAAAUGGGCAUCCAGACUUCUGGCAAAGCUCCGGAAAGAUAUCAGGCCUGAAUUUCGGGAGGAUUUUGUUCUCACAGUCACAGGAAAAAAGCCUCCGUGUUGCGUUCUUUCCAAUCCAGACCAGAAGGGCAAGAUGAGAAGAAUUGACUGCCUUCGCCAGGCAGAUAAGGUCUGGAGGUUGGACCUUGUUAUGGUGAUUUUAUUUAAAGGUAUUCCGCUUGAAAGUACUGAUGGCGAGCGCCUUGUAAAGUCCCCACAGUGCUCUAACCCCGGGCUGUGCGUACAGCCCCACCAUAUAGGAGUUUCUGUUAAGGAACUCGAUUUAUAUUUGGCAUACUUUGUGCACGCAGCAGAUUCAAGUCAAUCUGAAAGUCCCAGCCAGCCAAGUGAAGCUGAUAUUAAGGACCAGCCAGAAAAUGGACAUUUGGGCUUCCAGGACAGUUUUGUCACAUCAGGUGUUUUCAGUGUGACUGAGCUAGUAAGAGUCUCACAAACACCGAUAGCUGCAGGAACAGGCCCUAAUUUCUCCCUCUCAGAUUUGGAAAGUUCUUCAUACUACAGCAUGAGCCCAGGAGCAAUGAGGAGGUCUUUACCUAGCACAUCCUCUACCAGCUCCACAAAACGUCUCAAGUCUGUGGAGGAUGAGAUGGACAGCCCUGGUGAGGAGCCGUUCUACACAAGCCAAGGGCGCUCUCCAGGCAGUGGCAGCCAGUCCAGUGGAUGGCAUGAAGUGGAGCCAGGAAGAGGAAACUCACUGGUCAAACCCUUGGACACCAGAAUAGUUGCAUGCAGUUUCCCAGGGAGCCAGAUAGCUCUAAAGCUUCCCAGAUAUCUAAGAAACCCCGAACACCGCGGAGCACUUCAUGGAAUGCCAUCGCCAACUACAUUAAAGAAGUCAGAGAAGUCUGGUUUCAGCAGUCCCUCGCCUUCGCAGACCUCCUCCCUUGGAACGGCUUUCACACAGCACCAUCGACCUGUCAUUACAGGACCCAGAGCAAGUCCACAUGCAACACCAUCGACUCUUCAUUUUCCAACAUCACCCAUUAUUCAACAGCCUGGGCCAUACUUCUCACACCCAGCAAUCCGCUAUCAUCCUCAGGAGACUCUGAAAGAGUUUGUCCAACUUGUCUGCCCCGACGCUGGUCAGCAGGCUGGACAGGUGGGGUUCCUAAAUCCCAAUGGUAGCAGCCAAGGCAAGGUGCACAAUCCAUUCCUUCCUACCCCAAUGUUGCCACCACCACCUCCGCCACCAAUGGCUAGGCCUGUGCCUCUGCCAGUGCCAGACACAAAACCUCCAACCACAUCAACAGAAGGAGGGGCCACCUCUCCCACUUCUCCAAUCCUGGUACCUGGGAUAAAAGUCUCCGCUUCCCACCACGCACCGGACAGACCACCAGACCCCUUCCCACCUCUGUAACACGGAAGCAGCAGCAACGCAGCGCAGCGACUUCACAUCGGCGGAAGGGGAGGCGAGCAGACACCGACAGCAAACUCGUACAUGGAAAUGGCAAACGUUAUGGUUGAAUGGCAAAGGCCGUAACUUUCUCUCGAGAUUUGAUUUUAAUUUUUCUUUUUUUUUUUUUUAAUUUUUUUUCUUUUUUUUUUUUUUUUUUUUUUUAGACAACUUUAGGACUGUUGUAAUUUCUCAUAUGGUGCUGGAAAUGGUUGGGCUUCAUAACUUUUGAAGUGUUUCAUUGGUAGUGUAAGCGUUAGGUGACACUGAGUAGAACUAGCCUCUGCUGCUGCUUACCAACUCGCUGUUGUAACACACUUUCCAUAUGGAGCCUAACUGUUUUACAGUAUCCUCAUCGGAUUUUCCCAUACAGGUGUGAGACUUCUUGAGAAAUCAUGAAACACACUUAAACUAUAACUUUUGUAGUAGCUGAAUUCUGCAAUAUAUAACUUACCGGACAGACAUAGAGCAUGUUUUUUUUUUUCUGUAACAUAUCGGGGAAAAAAAAAAAUGCAGGUUUCUUUUUUUUGUUGUUGUUGUUGUUGGGGUUUUUUUUCUUUUUUUUUUUUUUUUUUACAGUCGGCACUUAGAGAUGUAACAUGAACCAUAAGAGCAUUGUCAACAAUUUUUUUCCACUCGAUUGCAGAGCGAUUUAAAACAUCAAACUACUACUAUUCACUAAAAAAAAAAAAAAAGAAAAAAAAGAAAAAAGUUUGAAAUGCUGCACUUACAUUUAAAAAAAAACAUUUUUCAACAAUUUUCAACAAUUACACAAAAAUUCACGCAGAAAUGGGGAAGUUGGUCUGUUUUGACAGAAACUGACAGGAAUCAAUCAAAACAAUCGAAUUUUGAAUUGAGUAAAGUGCAAUUUCAUUGGAUAGCUAAAUAUCUUUGUAAGAUAGAGAUUGUUGAAAAUUCUAUUUUUGUUUUCCAAGUCCUUCCACCCCAGGACUCUAAAUUAUUGGGGUAAAAAACAGCCUUGCAAGAAAAAGGGGAGCUAUUUUUGCUUUUUAUGUUUUUUAUUGUUGAACUUGUAUCCCUUUAAAACUGAAGGAAAAUUAAAAAAAAAAAAAACAAAUCUAAUGGUGCUUUUACCACAAUAUGUUAACUACAUUAAAUGCUAAUUAAUCAUUUUCUGUUAUCAAAGCACAUAACUAAAAUGAAAUCAUAAUAUCUGUUAAUUUUAUAAGCUAAAAGUCACUAUAAUGGAUUAUGCCAAUUCUGACAAAUUUUACGUGUUUCCGGCAAUAUAGGGUUUAUCAGUUCUCAAACACCUUGGGAAUAAGAGAGAACGGUCCAGAAAGUAAAACACCUUCGUGUCCCUGAACUGGUACAUUUUCUGGACUGUGAAGAAAUCAUUACAGAAACGAACGAUGCUGAUCUUCUUACAACUUAUGCCAGUUCAAAGCAAGGGCACUUGCUGAAGAAGAAAAAAAAAAAAAAACAGACAAAUAAGUAGAAAAUGAAAAAAAAAAAAAAAAAAAAAAGAAGUUUGGACCCCAAACGUCCUGUAUCUUAUGUACAAAAAAAAGGAAAAAAAAAGAAAAAAAAAAGAGUGCAAGUGAUUUUUUCUAUCAGACAGCGGAGCACCCCUUUGCUUCACAUGCAACUUUAAGAAGGUUUCCUAUACUAUACAUAUAUAUACGUUCUGGUUGGCGAGUCCAGCUAAUCAGAGAAAGUCUCUGCAUGUUCUAGUGUUAGUAACUAAUUUUUAUAUAGUUAAUGUAGGGUAAAGUAGAGUGCAUUAAGACACAAUAUUGUAAUCCCUAUUCCAGGCACUUGCCUUUAAACUAUGUUUGUUCGACCCUUCAGAAGGGUUUCUACUACUGUCCUAUACAAUCAAGUAACUGAAAUUCUUGGGAAGACACUUUGCUCCUCAUCUUUUCCCUGAAACGAUGUUUUGUUUUGUUUUCUUAAUUUGCACGAAACAAAAAAAAAAAAAAAUUCCAUAUCAAUGUGCCUUGCCCUGGAUAGCGAUUAUUUGUGGAAUUGUUGCACAUGUUCCUAUAUUGAAAGGGGUUUUUCCCUAGUCAAGCAUUUGGAGACACUUUUUGUAAAUGUGACUUUUAUGUCAGCCAUUGUCAGUUCCAACAUCUAGAAUUAAAUAGGAUGUUAGUUGUUCCGCAGAUAGGAGUAGUGUUUAUUGUCCUGUAUGGUCAGUGGCAGUGCUAUUCUGAGAUCUGUAGAUGCUAGAUUAUCAGUAUUUUUGGAUGUUGCUGCAUUUUACCUUUUAUUUGGAGUCUUCCUUUUUUUGUUUUGUUUUCUCCCAGAUAUAUGAAAAUAUGCAAUACCUGCUUAUAUCAUGUAGAAAAGCUUAGCAAUUAUUAAUUUUUCUUUUAAUUUUUUUUUAUUUGACCAAAGUUGGUGCUGCACUUGACGCAGUGUGUUUUAGGUGUUUGUCUUUGUACUUUUGUGAUUUUUGAAUGCACAUGCAGGAAGGGCUCUUCUUAGAGAAGCAGUCAAACUGUGAAGCACUAAGCUGAACCCUGCUUCAAGCAAUUUUUGUUUUACAACUGUUCCUUUCACAAGCAAGCCUUAAAAAAAAAAAAAAACUUCCUUUUUCUUCAGAUCCCACACCCAUUUUUAUUAGCAGACUGCAAUCAAUCCACAUUCAAUAAAAGUAUAUAAUGCCCAUUUUUAUAUGCACGUUUUUAAACUUCCAAGUUCUGAAAAUUGUUUACUGGUUAUUCUCUAUUUAAGGAAAAAAUAAAAUGUUUUGGAUUUUCAUAUGUGUCUGAUAAGUGGUUGAGUAGUCAUUUUGCUCUAUUGUAUUGUGUGAUUGUUAGUAUAUGGUAUCACAUCCUCUAGCCAGCAUCCUUUGCCUUCCCUAUAGCACUUAGCUGGGCAUUACUUUAUUAAGACAUAUGUGCACUAAAAAAAAAAAAAUAGCAGCUUUCAGUGCUUCACAGUGAAGGGAAAAAAGCCUAGACAAACAUUUUGUCAGAACCUUGCUAUGAGACAAGGUAUUACCAGUAAAUUGGUUGUAUAUACAAUAAAAUUGCACCCUUUUUUAAACAAAACAAACUAAGCAAUAGUUUGGGCAGUUAGUUGUUUUUAGUGAGCAUGUUGUAGUCAUGGCUGCAAAGAGAGAGAAUUAAACUGCCCACUCAGAAGAUAUGUAAUUUGUAUGUUGUAUAGUUUUAUUGAUUACACUGAUUUAUUCUACCCUAUUUUAUAAUGCAGGACUUUUGUAAUGUUGUUUAAAUGAGGAAAAAUUUCUGUCAAAUUAGCUUAGUGGAAUUUCUGAUUGUUCGUUAUAAAGGCAGCGUUCAUAGAAUUGCUUUUUUUUUUUUUUCCUUUGGGAACUGGAUUUAAGUUAAAAACUUUCCCGUUUCCUUUUUUUGUAUGUAUUUAAAUACAGUUAUUUUUCUUCUCUCAAUGGUAUAGCAUAUUCCUAUGCUUGAGAAGUAUAGGCUACUGAAGAACCAUUGUAAAUGGACAUUACAGGUAUGCUGUAUUUUUGAAGGUAUUUUUGUCAUAUUAAGUUUGAUGACGCUAAAGUUAGGGAACUCUGAGCAGAAUUGCGAGAAAAAAAAAUGUUUUAAAGGCUUUAAAACAUUAGGUAGGAGGUCAAGGGUGUUAACCAACAGGGGUUGUAAAGUAUUACACACUAAAUUCAGUUUGCGUUCACCUUCCUCUCACGCAGGAAACGCGGCAGUUCCGUUGUGUGCAGGUGUAGAGAACAAACAGUGUUGUAGUCCUCCUUCAGAGGAGCGGGGAGGCGAGCAGGGAUGGGCAGGAGGGAUGGAGCAUCCAUCCAUCCAUCCCUCCAUCCAUCCAUCCAUCCAUCCCUGGAUGGUCGUGCGGGCGGCGGCGGCCGCGGCUCCGUUGGAGUCACCCAACAACUUCUGUUGGGUUUUUUUUCUCCCCUCCUCGCCUCCUUCUCUCCAGAACUGUCAGACGCACAAAUUCUCUGACCUGUGCCCACCCCCGCCCACCCAAAUUUAAAGCCCUAGGGAUGGCUUAGCGCGAAUUGACUUUUUCCCAAGUUAAUUCCUUUCUUUUUUUUCCCCUUUUUUUUAAUUUUUUUUUUUUUUUUGAGCGAGGGCACUUGCUUUUCUCAUGCCGCACACCCCAGCAAUGCCAUUAUUAUUUAUUCUUCUUCCUUUAUAAUAAAAAAGACUUUCGGGCUUCGAGUUUAGGCAGCCAUGGUACACUUUGUCUCUGUUGCUUGUUCCCCCUCCCCUUAAGGUCGAAGGGGAAAAGAAACACCAAGUUUUCUCAACUCCACAGUAUUCAGUCAGCCCACAGGAAUAUGCAAAAUCCCUCUAACAUUUUUUUUUUCUUUCUCUAGUUCUCUUUGUUCCGUAUAUUUGCAGCUUUGUAGUAACAGUGUUAUAAAAUAUUUACUGUACAAAAAUACAAAAAAACCCAGAUACAUAGCCUAAAACAGUUUUUUUUUCCUUGUGGUGAAUUAUUUUUUUUAAGAAUGUCAGUUAAUAUUGUACUUUGCAUUGUGUCUCUGGAAAUAUCUUUUUUUUUUCUUUUUUUUUAUUGGUAGAAGGCCUCCAUCGAACAAAAUUAAAACCAUAACCGGCAUGACAAUGUAAGGAGAGCUUCAAUGGCACCUAAACAAUAAAUAAAUAACAAAAUCAACCUCAUGAGGUCUGUCGGAGGCAGGUCUUGUGAAGUUAACACUGCCUGCUAGGCAGGAUUUUCAUUAAAUCAAGCUUACAAUGCCAAUUUUGUCUUGAAGUCAAUGCAUGUAUUACUGUUUGACAGUAAACCCAGCUAUGCCAUCAUCAAGUCCAAGGCUGCGCAAUAGUCUAAUUAGUAUUGAGUACAUUUUCCUUUUAUUUUUUCCAAUAAAAAAGCAGUGGGAUGAAAAUUGCUUUGAUAUAUAGCAGGUAACAUUGAAGCUAUUCCAUAGCACUUAACUGUAGUGAAUACUGUGUCACCAAUUCUGAAAUCAAUUUAAUGUUUAAUGCAAAUCCAUUACAUGGUGCUAUUACAGGCUGGCAAAAUGAUUUACAAAAAUGUGACAACUUGGGCUCAAUUCACUCUGCUUUCCAACAAUGUAAAUGCAUAGCAGUGUUUAUCUGCAUGAAAACUAUGCACUAAUCUAUCUGAAAAAAAAAAAAAGAAAAGAAUAUAUCAACUUUGGUAUCUACUUUCCGUUUACUUCGAUCCUUGCCUUUUCGGUCAUUGUUAUAAUGCCAGCUUUAGGACAGAAAGAAUUAUAAGAAAACCAGCAUAAUACCUGAUAUAUUAAAAUGUAGUGCCUGUGAAAUCUGUAUUAUAUUGCUCUUCUGAAGUAAGAUUUUUCUACACCGGUAGCCUUCGCUGUCUGUCAGAACCUUCUGAUAUAGGUGAUGUAAAAUAACCGUACAAUAUUAAUGCAUGCUAUUCCAUAAUGCUUAGUAGCUGUAUGAAUAUUACUCAAAGUUAUGUUAGUCUUUUUUUCUGACUUGGUUCUUGUCAGAUAGGUUUAAAGAUAUUUCACUGAGAACGCAAAUUCUGUCUUUAUUGAUUUGGGGUGUUUUCAGUAUUUUGGAGGUAUACAUUUACUUAAAUUCAGUAUUACUUGUGUUUUGGGUUUUUUUUCUUUUUUUUAUUUUUUUUUACUUUUAUUUUUUUUUUAUUUUUUUUUUUUUUAAUUUUUUUUUCCUAGAGGGCAGGACAUGGUGUUUGAGACCAGAAAUCCGUGCCUGGUAAGAUUUUCGUCUCGAAAAGCUACCCUAAGAAUUCAGAGAGCUUGCUCUGAAGAACAGUUCAAAUUGAAGGGACAGUCCUUUAAACCCACAAACGAGACCGAGCUCAUGUUGCGAGAGAUUUCUUAAUGGGCAGCGGUGAACCAGGUACCCAUGCUUGACCCUUCUUCACACCAGACUUCCUCAUAUAGAAAGAAAAAAACCCUUUAAAAAAAAAAAAAAGAAAAAAAGAAAAAAAAAACCUCAUGUGGUUGUUUAGUUUCAUGCACAGUUGCAAUAUUUUUCUUCAAACAAACUCUGUACAAAACUUUGGGCCCGAUUCAUAAAAGCUCCUUUGCUAUUAACACGGGAGGCUGGUGGGCUUUUUCUCCUCCAAAAUUGAGGGUGGGCUUCGCCCUGGCGAGCCCCGCUGGCCCUGCUCUCCCUCCCCUUCCCCUCUCCGCCUCCCCCAGCCCCGCGGAGACCAGGAGCCGCGGGAAGGGGCCGCGGAGGAGGCGAGGCAGCGCAGGACCAUGCUCCGAACCCCAGAGGUGCAGCCUGGCAGGAGGAACAGGGGGAGGACGGUGCCGGGGGCUCGGGACACGGCGACUCGAUCACAAAAGAGAUCCUGUCCCCACCAGAACAAAACGCGCUCGAUCGCUACCUCUGAGCUCUAGAGAAACCCUCCGUCGCCCGCAAUGUGAACUUUUGUACUUUGGAUGCUUUUUUUUUUUUUUUUUUUAAUAUAGGGAAGACUGUUUUCCACUUAGUUAAUCUUCUAUGCUCGAGCAUGAACAAAAACAAUUGUGUUGGGUGAAAUUUUCCCCCCCCACACCCCUCUUUUAUCUGCAUCCACAAAUUAAUAUGAGGGGAAAAACAAAAAGAAGAUGAGUUUCUAGACGGAGCAUGGUAGGGCGAGAGUGCCCGGCUCGGCAUCCGCCACCGACGCCGCUCGUCCUUGUUGCAACUGCUGCCUUGGGGACAGGGCCACGAAAUUCUUGGGAAAUACAAUCAAGGAGAAAUCUCCAUUUUGGCCGGCUGUGCAGGUUCUCCUGAACUCUGCCCCAGCCCAGCCCAGUCCCUCAGCGGUGGGUUGAGACUUGAGGCGCUAAAAUUUCCACCGGCCGUGUGAAAGAUCUGCUGCAAAUUCACUUGACACCCGUGUUAAUACCAUGUCGUGUUCAUUUUUUUUUUAUGAGUCAGGCCCCUCGUGCCUCUAGUAUACUUGUAUUGACUCUCAUAGUUACCAUUUUAGUUUUACUGUGUUCUGUGAAAAAAAUUGUAAUUGGUUGAGAAUCACUGUGGGCAUCCAUUCUUAUUCAACUAAGUCUCCGCAGGUUUUUUGAGCUGGUGUGGAUUAGUUUAACUCUUGUAUUCAACCAUUAGUGCUACCACCUUCUCACAUUACAAUACAAUUACUGGAAGCAAGUACUGCAUUUCCUAUGCAACAAAAAAGGAAAAUAAAAAAUUGCUAAUGCUAA